UCCCUCCCGGGAAGAAAGACCGGAUUUUCCCUUUCCGUCCCCUUCCCCCCGACCCCCACCACGUGUAGGAAGGUCGAUCCAAAUCGUGUUCCAAAGCCACAAAGGAAAAGAAGGGAAAAAUGGAUCCAGCCCUAAUGAGAGCGGCUCGUUAGCGAACAGGGUGCCGAUUGCCUUUUGGUUUCAGAGGAGUGGAAAUUUUAGAAUUUUGAUUUUCACGGGAAGGUUCCACCAUCUGUCUACAUGUUAAUUUACUGCAUCAUUUGCAUCCACUUUCUUUGCGCCUCUUAUUUGACACACAAAUCAUCGCCUUCUUUCUCUGUUAACCCCUUCAUUUUCCCGAGAAUCGUCGCCGGGAUCGCAGAUGGAAACCACCACCCGGAGUGAUCGGGGAUAAUAACUAGUUUCUCUGUAAGGACACCUCAGAGCCAACGCUUGGAAGGGGGAAGGAGCCCUGGGCCGGGACGCGGGCCCUGUGUCUCUCACUUGAGCUGUGUGACCUUCGGCGAGUUGCCUCACCUCUCUGGGCACACUUUCCCCGGCGUCCAAUGGGGCUCAUCCCCGCUCCUUCCGCCUUUUUCGCCAGAAGGUUUUAGGGACUCGUGGGGGGAAGCCAAGAUGGCUGUCACCUGCGAGAGAGAAUCCAAAAGAGAAAGGGAGAGGGGAGGAGGGGGGAAGUGAUCUCCUGCAGCAACUGCAUGAAGUAACUGAGGGGGAGGAGAGGGAGGAUAUGGAGUGGAGCAAAGUGAUGGAGGAGUUGGCGACCAGCAUGGAGAAGGAACAGGAAGAGCAGCAGAGCGGUGGUUCCGCGCCAGAAGCAGAGCCCGUCAAGAGCCCGGACUCGCCCCCCUCGAGAGCUGGCCGGGAAAGGGGUUGCUUCGAGUGCUGUAUCAAAUGCCUGGGAGGCAUCCCAUACGCUUCCCUGAUUGCCACCAUCCUGCUGUAUGCCGGGGUCGCCCUGUUCUGCGGCUGUGGGCACGAGGCCCUCUCGGGGACGGUCAACAUCCUGCAGACUUACUUCGAGAUGGGCCGGACAGCUGGGGACACAUUGGACGUCUUCACCAUGAUCGACAUCUUCAAAUACGUGAUCUACGGGGUAGCAGCGGCGUUCUUUGUGUACGGCAUCCUGCUGAUGGUGGAAGGAUUCUUCACAACGGGUGCCAUCAAAGAUCUCUAUGGGGAUUUCAAAAUCACCACCUGCGGCCGAUGCGUGAGCACCUGGUUCAUCAUGCUGACAUACAUCUUCAUGCUGGCCUGGCUGGGUGUGACUGCCUUCACCUCGCUACCCGUCUAUAUGUACUUCAACCUAUGGACCAUUUGCCGAAAUACCACCUUAGUGGAAGGCGCCAAUCUCUGCUUGGACCUUCGCCAGUUUGGAAUCGUGACAAUUGGAGAGGAGAAGAAGAUUUGCACCAUGUCAGAAAAUUUCCUGCGGAUGUGUGAAUCCACUGAGCUGAACAUGACAUUCCACCUGUUCAUCGUGGCGCUAUCCGGGGCCGGAGCCGCGGUCAUCGCUAUGGUUCACUACCUUAUGGUCCUGUCUGCCAACUGGGCCUACGUGAAGGACGCCUGCCGGAUGCAGAAAUACGAGGACAUCAAGUCGAAGGAGGAGCAGGAGCUGCACGACAUUCACUCCACCCGCUCCAAAGAGCGGCUUAACGCCUACACAUAAGGAAGACCCUUCCCUUCCCUUUCCUCUCCCCCUUCCCCUUCCUUCUGGUCAUCCGAAUGCUUUAUCGUUCCCCCUCUUCCCUUCCCCUCUCCCACGCUCGAGCGAAAGGAGAGCGUUUCUCCCGACGGGUAGCCAAGGCGCCCCGUCGGUUGCCCGACUUCAACUCUUUUUAGCCCUCGAUCUCUUGAGUCCGCUAAUCGUUUUUGUGAUUGUAUUCCCCUCUGCAGACCAACCUGAAAUCCUCUCCGGUUAACCCCUCCACUUAGAUCCAGGAUACUAACUCCCAUUCGCAUGAGAGAGUCAUUUUUUUUUAACCACUCCUUAUGGGUCACGCAUAAUACCUUAUGCAUCGUUUCCUAUAUGUUUUUGAAAGUAAAAUAAUAGCCUUUUUAUACUUUUCCGUUGUGAUUUCGGUAACGACUUUCAACUACAGGUAUACUUCAAAGGGAUCACUGUACACAGGGUGUACAAAAUACAGGCAGGACGUAUUGAUGACUUUCCUUGAAAUUUGGAAAUCUUGCCAGUGGGCCAGAGACCAUCUUCGCCGACAGCCCCGGGCGGUGUUUUGAACAAUCCAAGGUGCAAUUUCUAAAUUUGUAACAGUAGGUAAAAAAAGAAAAAAAAAAAAAAAAGAAAAAAGUGCUUCUUAUCACUGUUAACGUCGUCUUCUUCUCAAUGUACUUAUAGGAUAUUUCUCUCUUUCAAGGUUUUAUCGGUGACGAUUCCUGUUUCCGUUGUGAGCAUGUAGACAGGUGCUAACGCGUGGUCACUUUUUCAGGUUGUAACACUCUUCGAGACGUAUAGCGCGGAGAACGACGUAACCGAUUUAGCUACUCCUAGGUGGCCGCACAAUGCUCUCUUUGUGAUUUGACCGGUGGCUAAACUGAAGAGGGGCUAUCCGUAUGGGGACGUAACGACAUUGAGAAAAGUGAUCAAUCAAAAACAGUCUCCCCCCUUCCCCUUAGAAGUCUUUUUACCUGCUUUAAACAUUUUAACAGAUUGCACCUCCGUAACCUAUACCUAAACUGUAUAUUAUAUAUGAAAAACGGCUUCCAUAAAUGUAAUCAUAGCUUAGCUUGCAGCUUUCCACCAUCUCUCAGUUUCCCUGUGCUAUGUUCAAAGUGAGGUGAAAAGCCACUGUGGGCUGAUAUUGUUUGGAUGUGUAGUAAUAUAUUUUAAUCUUUAUUUUGAAACAGUGGAAUAAGAAUGGGGAUCUUUUUAAAAGCCCGUACCAGAGGAAGAAACCUAAGAUUAAAAAAAAAAAAAAGCAACAAAAAACAAUCAGUAUUACUGGACCAAAUUUGGUGUUUGUUUUACCAUUGUCAUUUUUCGUUUCCCUUUGCCUAUUUCUAAUGCUACAAGAAUGCUGUAUAGUGUCUUUUAAAUCAAUGCAGCCUGACAAGACAUUUUUGUCAGCGUUCAGAAUCCUAGACAGGUCUGUGCACUUAUUGGGCCGUUGCGAAAAUCUUUCUCAGUGUAAGUGCAUUUCAAAGAAAGGCUCUUGGGUCAACAUCUUUGUAUAAAAAUUCAUCCUGCAAAAGCCACCAUUUUUAAAACUUCUCGCAGUAGCUAGGGGGUAUUACUAGAGUUCUUUGUGGCAUGGUUAUGCAUUCAGUAGUUCUAGUUUGAUUUGUUUUGGGUUUUUUACACUUAGACUGUCUUUCUGGGUCAACAGUUUUCUGUUAAUGUGCAGUAUUACAGGUCUGCAAAGAGAACUAUGAACCUUUUUUUUGGAUUCUAUAGCGUAGUGUUUCAGUUCUGUGUCCAACGGUUGGUGAUGAUUUUUAAAACUGUCUUUUAAACUCAUGUAACGUUGAUGCUUUGGGCUUUUCUCCGGUAUUAGAGUUUGUAUUUUCACAAAGAAUGCUUUGUAGCAGGCAUUACGAUUAAUCUGUUUUGUACAUAAAUGUGCCAACAGCUUGAAGGUGGCGUUUUUGAAAUGUAGAACCAAGUGCUUGCGACAUGUAAUAAACACACUUGUGUACUUUGUGUACUUAUUAUUA